GUGCUGGCAAAACCCCAACCCUAGGCGGUGGAUUCCAUGUGAACUUGGGAAAGGAGUCACGAGCACAGACGCUACAGAAUGGUCGGCGCCACAUCCACCACCUGGGGAGCCAGCUGCAGCUGAACCAGCACUGCCUGGACACAGCCUUCAACUUCUUUAAGAUGGCCGUGAGCAAGCACCUGACCCGAGGGCGGAAAAUGGCCCAUGUGAUCGCUGCCUGCCUCUACUUGGUUUGCCGAACUGAAGGCACACCUCACAUGCUUCUUGACCUCAGCGACCUGCUCCAGGUGAAUGUGUACGUGCUGGGGAAGACGUUCCUGCUCUUGGCGAGGGAGCUCUGCAUCAACGCACCGGCUAUAGACCCGUGCUUGUACAUUCCACGCUUUGCUCAUCUCCUGGAAUUUGGGGAGAAGAACCAUGAGGUGUCCAUGACAGCCCUGAGGCUUCUGCAGAGAAUGAAGAGGGAUUGGAUGCACACAGGCCGUCGCCCCUCUGGCCUCUGUGGAGCAGCACUUUUGGUUGCAGCCAGGAUGCAUGACUUCCGGAGAACCGUCAAAGAGGUCAUCAGUGUGGUCAAAGUGUGUGAGUCCACACUGCGGAAGAGGCUCACAGAAUUCGAAGACACUCCAACCAGUCAGCUCACCAUUGACGAGUUUAUGAAGAUUGACCUGGAAGAGGAAUGUGACCCUCCCUCGUACACAGCUGGACAGAGGAAGCUGCGUAUGAAGCAGCUGGAACAGGUCCUGUCAAAAAAGCUAGAAGAAGUUGAAGGUGAGAUAUCCAGUUACCAGGAUGCCAUUGAAAUUGAGCUAGAAAACAGCCGGCCAAAGGCAAAAGGGGCUCUUGCCAACUUGUCAAAGGAUGGCUCCGGUGAGGACUCCACACCCAGCCCGUUCUGUGAGGAGGACACAGAGGAUGAAGAGCUGGAGGCUGCUGCCAGCCACAUGAACAAGGACUUUUACCGGGAGCUCCUGGGGGAUGGUGGCGGCUCCGAAGGAACGGGAGACCCUGAUGGGGGCAGCAGGCCCCUUGCCCUGGAGUCUUUACUUGGCCCCUUGCCCACAGCAGCCAGCCUGGGCAUCUCCGACUCCAUCCGGGAGUGCAUCUCCUCCCCAAGUGGGGACCCCAAAGACACUUCAGGGGACGGGGAGCUGGAUCUCAGUGGCAUCGACGACCUUGAGAUCGACAGAUACAUCCUGAACGAGUCAGAAGCCCGGGUAAAAGCCGAGUUGUGGAUGCGGGAGAAUGCUGAGUACCUUCGGGAGCAGAAGGAGAAAGAAGCAAGAAUAGCAAAGGAGAAGGAGCUGGGGAUCUAUAAGGAGCACAAGCCUAAGAAGUCUUGCAAACGCCGGGAGCCAAUCCUGGCCAGCACCGCUGGGGAGGCUAUCGAGAAGAUGCUGGAACAGAAGAAAAUCUCCAGCAAGAUCAACUACAGUGUGCUUCGGGACCUUAACAGCAAGGGUGGGAGUAGCCCACCCAGGGAGGACUCACAGCCCCCAGAGCAAGCCAGCACCAAGAAGCUGUCACGGAGGAAAAGAGCAGCCAGCAGGAGCAGUGCUGACCCUGGGACAAGCAUCGGGAAGAGGUUGAGACCUCUGGUGUCUACACAUCCAGCUAAGAAGGCAGCUGUGGGAGAGGCCUUGCUCUUAAGUUCCCCUACCCUGGGAGCUGAGCCCAUCAAGCCAUCAGCUGUCUUGGUGGAGAGUGGCCCUGUGUCGUACCAUCCUGACGAAGAUGCAGAUGAGGAGGACGCUGAAGAAGAGGAUGGAGAGCCUUGCGUCAGCGCUCUGCAGAUGAUGGGUGGCAAUGAUUACGGCUGUGACGGUGACGAAGAUGACGGCUACUAAGUGGAACUCAAGGCCAGGCAGCAUCCUGGUGCUGGACUCCAAGCGUAUCUGUCUUAUAGGGGUCAGAUGGGCCCUGGGGCCACGGCUCACACAGGCAGCACCCUGGUGCUGGACUCCAAGUGUAUCUGUCUUAUGGGGGUCAGAUGGGCCCUGGCGCCACGGCUCACGGGCAUGAUUUGUGGGGCUCUGCCAGUCAAGUACCACCCUGCUUGAUUUGAAGCUUUCUUCCCAUGGCCACAUUGUGGCCUCCAUCACACUUACUGUUGGGAAUCAUGUUUUGAGCAAUGUAAGGAAUAUUUUUGCCCAGCACGGAAAACCAA